GAGGAAAUACCUAACCUAACUUUGCUUAACCUUGAAAUCAAAUCUAACAUUUGAUUGAAAUUGGCUUUCGACGUGAUCUUUCUAUUAAUUAAUAAUAUUACUUUAUUAGGUCUAUGAUUAAUUAGAGACAAAGGUUAACCUUUUUUUCUCUUACCGCGAUUUGCAAAGAUAUUGCACAAUAUCUUUGAUUAAAGAGGCUUAGAGAAACUCUUGUUUGUAGAGACAAUGAAAAGUAUUGAAGUGACAAUAAAGUCAUGACCUCGGAAGGUGGUAUUAAAAAAUAUGCAUCAUUCCUAAAUGAAUGCUCACAGGAAAUGAGGAAUGUAUUCCUGAAAAUUGGUUUAGGUAUUAUGCAAUCUACGCAGGAAAGGUGGAAAGUUUUGAAUAAAGUAUCGCAAGAAUUCAAUAUUGAAAAAUCCAAGCUCGUCGAAAUAAUAUCAGCAUAUGUUGAAAUCGUGAAGUUAUUCCUCAUAACAAGCGAUAAGGAAUUUAAUGGAUUAAUGGGGCAGUUUGGGUUUAGCCCAGUAUUCAUCAACCAAUUGCCAUUAAUUCCUAAUAGGAAAGAAGUAGAAAGUACUAUAGGGAAAACACAUAAUAUAAAAAGAGGAAAUUUGAAAAGCUUGAAAUGGAGAAUUGACUUGAGUCUAUCAAAUGAGUUUGUAAAUAAGAAUGCUAAAUCUAUCAUUAUACAAGUGAACCUAAGCAAUGGAGAGAAGACCACUAUUAAAGUUGAUAUCAAAAUGUUUCAUAGGCUAAGGUAUAAUAUUUCAUUGAUAUUAAGAGAGUUGGCUUUUCUGAAGGAUUAAGAUAUAUUAAGAUAUUAUGUAUUUUUAACAAAAUAAAGGAAUUAUUUUUUGA